GUUUACAGUCAGUUCUGUAUGCUGUCAUUCCGUGUCAGAAAGGAAUUUUGUGAAAUUAUAUACCGAUUAUUAUGACGAUUUCUACAAAAUUCGUCAAAUUAUUAAGCCUCGUUCUAUUUUCAUAAAACAUCUAUAGUCGUAAACAUGAAAAAUAUAAAAUAUCACAUGACUACUAUAUGACCACACGAUCGACCGCUGUGAUGACAGCUCCAACCAAGGUGACGCACAAAUUACGUAUUAUUUCAUUACAUGGUGUUAUUCAUUUUUAAUUCGCGCGUGUAUAGAAUUAAUAGCAGUAGCCAAUAUUUGUGUCUGUGAUAGCGAAACAAUCUAGUGUGUUUUACAGAAAAUCAAUACGUACCAGUUGCCUGUUUGGAGUUAGUGUUGAAAUAACGUAUCCGUGCUUUUAGCAAGCGACACCACACCAGAGCACAACAAUGAAACCUCAGCCAGAAGCGAUGGACGAACAGCCGUCGAAAAUAUUUAUCAAUCCAAAGUUUGCUAAAGCACACAUUAACCCGAUGUUUUUAGCAUCCAAUGGUUCGUUCAGGCAGCCGGAAGUGCAGCAAGUCGUGCCAGCGUCCCACCAGAGCAAGAUACACCUCAAUCCUGCCUUUCUGAACAAGCUCGGAAUUCAACAGGUAAUGCCACCAACAACAACAGCAGCAGCACCAGCAGCACCAGCACUUCCAGCAGUACCUACCGUGCCCCAGCCGCAACCGCCGGCGUCACAUUUGUUUGCUCCUUGCAAACCCGCAUUUACAGGGACUGUUAAUCCGAUAAUUAAAAAUACAAGAAGAAAACUCGUUCGUGCCACCACCGCCGUCAGCCUACCGAGUGACGCAUCGACUGCUACUGCGAUGGUAAAAUCAGUUGCUAAGGAGAUGCUACCGUCGAGCAAUUUGCAUCCACCAAAGAUUCUUGCCCCGCUGGUUAGGAUAGGGAAGAACAAGCUGGUCCGCAGUGCGGUGCCUACGACUGCGAGACCGGAAAUUGUGAAACCGAGGGUGCCAAUGAAUGCCCUACCGGAAAGGAAAAGUCUCCGAAUCGAUCGAAGGUUACCAGCAGUAAGAAAAUCCCUCUCCCAGAAGCCCACGUUCGUGAAACGUUAUGCCUUGUCGAGGAUAGAUGGCAUCACACCGAAGAAGGUGGUCGUAACCGAUCCGAAGUUGUUGAAAUUGAAACGUAACCCAACCGCGGUGAAGGUGCACGAAAAGUCCGCCACGGGUAAGAUGGGAACGAUUGCUUACGCGUCGAAAAACAAGCAGCUUGUACUGGUCAAUAUCAACGGGGUGCUUUAUCGGUCCUCGACGAACAAGCUGCAAAAAUCUAUAUCCCGAUCGGGAACAGCACCAUCAUCAUCAUCGCCCAUCAUUGGACGUUCGCCGGCAAAACCGGCGCGCAAAACCAAAGAACACUUUUUGAUCAUAAGAGGCGUCCGCUUCGCCCUGGACCGUACCGGGAUGAAGCUGCGCUCCGUUGGCGGCACCACACCGCCCACGGCAAUAACAGGCUCCAGAGGCUAUGCCGAACCACGGCUAAACCGUAUCGACAUCGGUGGACUUACGUACAAAGCGCGCAAGGAUGGAACGUUCAUCCGGACGGAUAGCCACCGGACGCGCAACCAUCUGAGCGUGGCCAAGCAGCGCAGCAUACAGGUGCUGGCGAGCAAGCUGAAGAAAUGUAACGAACCGUGCCAUAUUUACCGCCGGCUAGGCAAAUGCCUGGCCCACCAGCGGGGCAAAUGUCCGAAGGUGCACGAUCCGAAGCACGUUAGCAUCUGUCAGCGGUUUUUGCGCGGCGAAUGCCUUCUCGACGGCUGUUUGCUGUCGCACGACAUUACCUCGCUGGAGAAGAUGCCCGUGUGCCGGUUCUUCCUCGAGGGGCGGUGCGUGCGUGAUCCGUGCCCGUACCUGCACAAGAAAGUGAGCGAAAGUGUGCGCAUUUGUGAUGCAUUUCUGAACGGGUUCUGCUCGCUGGCCGACAAGGUAAUGGGAUUAGAUAUGGGGAUGUUUUGUUUUGAUGCCACAUUUUACUCAUCAUCGGGUGUGUGUGUUUUUUCUUUAUUCGUUUUCCCCCUUUUUGGUUGCCAGUGUCCCAAUCGGCACGUGUUCCAGUGCCCGACGUUUGAGCAGGAAGGUAAAUGCGACCGUGCCCGAUGUCCCUAUCCGCAUGGGAAAAAAGAGAGCAGGAGAAAACAGGAUAAACCUUCCACUUUGGUGGUGGCGCACAAAUCGGAACCCAAGGAACCGGCGACGAUGUCACAUGUUCGGUACUACAAGGACGAAGGUCAAUCACUAACGGUAGAAACCGAACACAAUCGCAGCGAAACGGGUGAGUUGAUGAGUGCUAGUGAACGUAACCAGUUGAAGCGUAUACUUGGUGAAGUGGACAAAAUGAAGCAACGGUAUCGUGAGAAUGAUGACCGCAGUGUGGCGACAGAAAACCGUCCCGCGGAAGGUAACGAACAAAUUGUAAGUAUGCCCGAAACUGCCCCGACGUUGGCCGGCGGUGACCGUUCCGAUGCGUGCUACUCGCCAUCGGAACCUACACCGGACGAUCCAAUGAGCGACAGUGAUGGCGUGGAGGAAGUCGGGGAGGAAGAUACAAGACCUCCGGCAUUGCGUCGGAAAGCGCUCGGUCCGCUGCCGGCGUUUAUUCCAAUUUGAGUCACACAGGUCAAAAUACCCAAGAAGAAAAGAAAAUAACGUUUGAACCCAAAACUAAAGCUAAAUAGAGAGAUAGCUGUUGAGAGAGAUGAAACAAAAAAUGCCACAAAAAGUUUCUAUUAAGUUAAAGAAUAAUUAAAAAGUAUAUGAACGUGUUUUGAAAAUGGACGAAAUAAAAGAUGAUAGCUAAAUGGUUAAAAA